CUGAAAAGUGUCUCAAAAUUUUUACCCAAAUGUAAACAAAACAAGUGAAGGAUUUAACAAAAUUGAAUGUGAACCUUGAAUUAAAAAUGUUGUGAUGACUAAUGGAAGCGAAGAUAACACAAAGUGUUGAGUAAGUCUUCCAGCUGACUAACGAGAAAAGCAGUGGAAAGUGUGUCGUGCAUAUAUCGUAAAUUUUAAAUGUCUAGUGGCUGAAAGUCAUGGAAAUGCAUUUUCAUGGCAAUGAUUUUGAUGAAAGUGAUUCUGAAACGGAACUGCUAUUAGAACCGAUAAAUAAACGAGAAAUCGUAAUUGAAACACCAAGGAAUCGAAGGAAGCACAGUGUGGGAAGAAUGAGAAAUUGCGUAAGAAUGUUUUGCGGCUGUUGGUGCUGGGCAUUCCGUCGAUGGUGUUCGCCUCGUGAACUUCGAGCCAGAUCCAUUAAAGUCGGACAAGUUUGUGAGGAGAAAUUCCCACCGAAUAAAAUUCGAAAUCAGAAAUACAACUUCAUAACAUUUUUACCGCUGGUACUGUUCGAACAAUUUCGAUUUUUUCUCAAUUUGUACUUUCUUAUCAUGGCACUGAGUCAAUUCAUACCGGACAUUCGUAUAGGCUAUUUAUACACAUACUGGGGACCAUUGGGUUUCGUAUUGACCGUAACCAUAUGUCGUGAGGCUAUUGACGAUUUGAGGCGGCAUAAACGUGAUCGAGAAGUAAACUCACAGAAAUACACAAAACUAUCGGGACCCAAUCAACAGACCGAGUCAGUUCCUUCAUCAAAAUUGAAGGUGGGCGAUAUUAUAGUGGUCGAGAAAGACGAACGAGUUCCGGCUGAUUUAGUUCUACUGCGAACCAGCGAUAAAAGUGGUGCGGUUUUCGUUCGUACCGAUCAACUCGACGGCGAAACUGACUGGAAGCUUCGACUGGCUGUGCCGGCCACACAGAAAUUGGCGAACGACUCGGAGUUGUUUAACAUUGACGCAACCAUUUACAUCGAGAAACCGCAACGGGACAUUCAUUCUUUCAUUGGAACAUUUGCCAAGCAAACCAGUUCGGAAGAAGAGAGUUUGGACGUUGAAAAUACAAUCUGGGCGAAUACGGUUGUUGCUGCUGGAACAGCUACGGGAAUCGUUGUCUAUACGGGUUGUGAAACUCGAAGUGUGAUGAACAAUUCGCAACCACGGUCCAAGGUUGGACUGCUCGACAUGGAGAUAAACGGACUGACGAAAGUUUUGUUCUGCGCCGUGAUUGGUCUCAGUUUGGCAAUGAUGUGUCUGAAAGGUUUCAACGGUCCGUGGUACCGGUACAUGUUCCGCUUUGUGCUGUUGUUUUCGUACAUCAUUCCCAUCAGUCUUCGCGUUAAUUUGGACAUGGGCAAAGCGUUCUACUCGUAUCAAAUACAAAAUGAUCCCGAAAUUCCAGGCACUGUUGUUCGAUCUACGACAAUUCCGGAAGAGCUUGGCAGGAUUUCGUAUCUUUUGACCGAUAAAACGGGGACCCUGACGCAAAAUGAAAUGGUUUUCAAGAAAAUUCACCUGGGAACUGUUGCCUACGGAAACGACUCAUUCGAUGAGGUGGCAUCGACCAUACAGUCAUUGAGUGCGAACAUAAAUAACUUGGAGGUGUCACCGGUAAAACAUCCGUCAGGUUUCACCGGUACUCGCAUGCGACGUCCUGAAGGAUGGCGAGUCUGGGAGGCCGUAAAGGCGUUGGCAUUAUGUCACAACGUAACGCCGGUGUAUGACAAUAAAUCGAAUGAAGUCGAGAGCAAACGCGGAUCGCCAUCGAAACGAAUUGAAAUCGAAACGGAAAAAGAGGAGGUUACAUACCAAGCGUCCAGUCCGGAUGAAAUUGCUUUGGUGAAAUGGACGGAGCAGAUCGGACUAGCGUUGGUUGCUAGGAACCUAAACUCGAUGACACUCCAGUUACGAAAUCCAUUCACAAAUCCGAAGCUCUCGAAAAAUUCCUUGAACGCCGAGAGUACGUCAAUUAACACGGCCGUUACGAUUUUAUCGAACGAUUCGAGCAAGUCGGACAUUAAUUCACCAUCGAGCAGCACCAGCAGUACAGCAUCGUUGAACUCACUGAGCAAUGGGCUCAUGAAGUAUUUGAUUCUGCAAGUGUUUCCGUUCACUUCCGAAAGCAAACGAAUGGGAAUCAUCGUCAAGGAUGUGAAGACCGGCGAAAUAACGUUCUAUUUGAAGGGCGCCGAUGUUGUGAUGGCCGCAAUCGUUCAGUACAACGACUGGUUGAAUGAGGAAAGCGGUAAUAUGGCCAGAGAAGGACUGCGAACGCUGGUUGUGGCUAAGAAAAGUUUGACAGAGGAUCAAUACAAUGAUUUUGAGACCAGAUACAAUGCAGCUCGAUUGAGUGUAACUGAUCGAAUAAUCAAAGUGUCUGCCGUGAUUGAAUCGUUGGAACGAGAAAUGGAAUUGUUGUGUCUUACUGGAGUUGAAGAUCGUCUACAAGACCGAGUUCGGCCAACAUUGGAACUGCUACGCAACGCUGGUAUUAAAAUCUGGAUGCUGACGGGUGAUAAACUGGAGACUGCCACUUGCAUUGCAAAGAGUUCGCACUUGGUCGGAAGGAAUCAAUCACUUCAUGUUCUGAAAAGUGUGCUGACGAGAACGGACGCCCAUUUAGAAUUAAAUCAAUUUCGUCGCAAACAAGAUUGUGCAUUGGUUGUGUCGGGUGAAAGCCUCGAAGUGUGUCUGCAGUACUAUCAAGACGAGUUCAUGGAACUGGCCACAGCCAGUCCAGCAGUGGUCUGUUGUCGAUGUAGUCCAACACAAAAAGCGCAAGUGGUUUCCCUAAUUCAGCGACAUACCGGUAAACGAGCAUGUGCGGUUGGCGAUGGUGGCAAUGACGUUUCCAUGAUUCAACAAUCGGAUGCGGGCGUUGGCAUCGAAGGCAGAGAGGGUCGACAAGCGUCAUUGGCCGGUGAUUUUAGCAUUCCAUCAUUUUCGUACAUUUCGAAACUGCUCCUGGUGCAUGGAAGACGUUCGUACAAAAGAUCCGCAGCCUUAUCACAAUUCGUUAUUCAUCGUGGUCUUAUCAUUUCAACGAUGCAAGCCGUUUUUUCGGCCGUUUUUUACUUGUCAUCCGUUGCGCUGUAUCAGGCCCUACUACAGGUGGGAUACGCAACUCUCUACACAAUGUUUCCAGUGUUCUCGCUCGUACUGGAUCAGGAUAUAAGCUCGUACAUUGCGGUCACCUAUCCGGAACUGUAUAAAGAAUUGUCGAAAGGAAGGAGUUUGAGCUACAAGACCUUUUUCAUGUGGGUGCUGAUCAGCAUUUAUCAGGGUGGCGUCAUCAUGUACGGAGCCUUAAUUCUGUUCGAGGAUGAAUUUAUACACAUCGUAGCCAUAAGUUUCUCCGCUUUAAUACUAACUGAACUAAUAAUGGUUGCACUAACAAUAAGGACAUGGCACAGAUUGAUGGUCCUAGCUGAGAUAUUUAGUUUGCUUCUUUACCUAAUUUCGUUAGCAGUUCUGCAUGAAUAUUUCGAUUGGGAAUUCAUUUGGUCGUGGGACUUCUUAUGGAAAGUGUCUGUGAUUACGUUAGUAUCCUGUCUACCACUCUAUGUCAUCAAAUUUCUGCGCAAGAAAUUUUCGCCUCCAUCUUACUCAAAAUUAUCUUAACUUUACCGCGCGAAGAGUCAUUGAAGACAAAUCAAAAAAAAAAAUGUUUCGAUAAUUUAUUGUGUCAAUUUAACUGGUGAUUUGUGUGCGCGUGAAUUGUGUGCAUUAUGAUGUGUGUAUGUGACUGAAUAAUCAUCAAUAAUUUGUUGAACUAAAAUUAAUUAAAAUAAAUUAUGCCAACAACACUAGAGCAAAUGAGGUUUU